CACAAUACAACAUGUCCAUUGCACAUUUUGAUGAUACCUUAAAAAUAAUCCAUGAACUUUUGCCUCCUGAAUCUAAUUUGUCCGAAGACUUCUACCAAUCCAAGAAACUCUUAGAAGGUCUUGGGAUGCCAUAUGUCAAAAUAGAUGUGUGCAAAAAUAAUUGCAUGUUGUAUUACAAAGAUAACAAACAUAAAGAGAAGUGUGACUUUUGUGGCACAUCUCAUUACGAGGAAGGCCAAAAGAAAAUCCCACGUAAAGUUUUGCGGUACCUCCCUCUAAAAGAUAGAUUGCAAAGGCGUGCUAAUGAAGAAAAUGCAGAACUCAGGCGUGCUAAGGAGAUGCUACAGCAGAAAGUAGAUAUGCAUGGGCAGCUCAUAACUGCACUUUUCAAGGAGAUAGGAAAAGAGUUGCCAGCGCAUAUACUACAUAUACUAAGCCAUGGAGCUGUUUCGCAACCAGAAGGGACAAAUAACUCGUCUCAAGCCGGCUCACAAGUGGUUGAUGGCAACAAUGAUGUCAUGGAGUCGAGCGAGGAGAACGACACCACUGGGAAUGUCGGUGAUCAGAUCGUUGACGCAGCAGCCAACCAUGGCGGAAACUGA